GGCGUCUUGACGCCGCCGAUGACGGUGACAAGAUGCCGGACGACCACCGUGACCCGACAGAACCACCGUGACAGUGCCAAAGCGACAAGCAAUUAGCGCCCGACAAAUUCGAUCCUGAACUUGAAUCAGAUCCGUAUCAACGCUCAAGGACAACUAGAAACACGGUAGACUCAGCGAUGAUAACAAUGAUCAUGUUGAUGUUGAUGCUGGUAGCCCGACCGAUGAGCGGCGAAUGGCUAGUAAGAUCUUUCCCUUUCUGCAUCUCCACGGCUAUCUGCCUUCAAGUUGUUUCAGUCGAUGGGAUUCCACACAAAACCGGGCAUAGGGUAUAAAAUGGGGUACAAAGUCCAAUCUGACCCGUGGUACGCAGCCGUUUAACAUCUUCAGUGAGAACGUCCGAGUCGAAAGCACACGAUGCGUCCUACUCGCGGUCUUGCUCAAAACCCUCUCUUUCAACUGCAUCCAGAGGGGCACCCCCUUUCCGACCGCAUUCACGUAACCUAUGAACGAGCUAAAGCUAUAGGACGCGCAUAUGCAUUCACGCCGCACGAUGUCUUGACCAUGUCUCCGAAGUUUUGGUUAUUCCACACUGAUCCAAUAUGGAGCAUCGAUGGGGCGGCAGGUACCCUGUGCACGCUUCAGUACAAUUGCUGCGCAGGAACGUUAGCCAUGUUUACCAACGGACGACCCGAUAUCUCGGAAAUACUUCAACAGGUCUUAGAGUUCAACGUAUCGGGCCAGUACUGCCUGACCGAGGUUGGUCACGGCCUGGAUGCCUUCCAUCUCGAGACGACCGCGACCUUACUCCCGAGCGGCGAUUUCGAACUUAACACACCUAGUGAACGUGCCGCCAAGUACAUGCCGCCGACGGCACCUGCAGGCAUGCCCUGCAUCGCGAUCGUAUUUGCUCGUGUGAUGAUCGAUGGUGAAGACCAUGGAGUCAAACCAUUUGUUGUCCGCCUGCACAACGGCAAGGAUAUGAACAAGGGCGUUGUGUGCAAGGUGCUUCCUCAACGAGGUGGAUCGCGGCCUAUGAACCACUCUCUCACCUACUUCAACCGCGUACGCCUGCCUUACAGUGCUCUUCUCGGAAGCGUAGAGAAGGCCGUCAAUCCUAAGACGGCUUUCUUUUACAAUAUCUCCCGAGUGGCGGUAGGAACUAUCGCGAUUGGAUCUCUCGGAGUACCUGCCCUUCAGGUCGCUUCGUUCAUCGCUGCCAAGUACAGUCUUCGCCGCACAGUCGUGGACACUGAAGGCUGCCGAAAGCCCAUCAUGGAGUUCAGGACGCAGAGGAUCCCCAUCGUCACCGCUGCUGCUCAAUCUUUCGUACUGCAAGCGCUACAUGAGAAAGCCGUCGCGCUCUUCCGCGACGUAAGCCUCGAUCAUCGCGUUCGCCACGCUAUCGCGUCGAUUCUCAAGGUUGUCAUGAUUCAACACGCACAAGCUGCGCACCUGACACUCGGAGAUCGGUGCGGUGCGCAAGGUCUCUUCGAGGUGAACCAGUUGACCGCCAUGCAUGCAGACAUGCGAGGUACAGCCAUUGCCGAAGGCGACCUCCUGGGUAUCUCCAUCCGUUUCGCGACAGAGUUGCUAUUGAGGCGUUACGCCAUACCCGACGCCACCGAUCCAUCUAGCCUCCUGGCUAAACACGAGGCCGGACUGUUAGAAGAACUGCGUGGUCAACUCGCCAACAUGAAGCACCAUAGAAGUCCCGACUUCGACAGGUUGAUCCUACCCGAAUGUGUCAACCUUGUGCAGGCGAUAGGACAUCGCAUGGCGUAUGACGCCGCUGUCGCAGCUGGUGUUGAGAGCGGCCUUAUCGACCUCUACGUUGCCAGUUGCAUCAAACUUGAUGCUGCAUGGUACGUGGAACAAUUGGGCCUAUCCAGGGCCGAGCAGCGCGCCAUGGAGAAUAGCGCGGUCGACGCCGUAUUCCCGCGGCUUCAGGAAUUGUUCGAGCGCAUGGACGUCGAGCCGUACAUCUCAGCGCCCUUGGUAUCUGACGAGAAGUGGGACCAAUACGUGAAGUCGUUGGUUACAUAUGGGGACUCGGAGGUUUUGGUAUACAGCGGUCCUCCGCCGCUCGCCGCCGACGGGUUGCCCCAAGUGGCUCCUAGUCAGGUCGCAGUGGCUGUCGCGGCUUAGACACAAUCCACCGAUUUAGGAUUGGUAGGCUACAAGUAUACUAGAUCCGCGUAACUGAAUCACCGUGUAUGCUCAGUGCACGACGCUUCUGGAACAUGGGCUAGUCAACUAGUGAAUGGCUGGGUCAUGGUAGAAUAGAUCGUCGUUGUAGACACGUCGUCGACUCUUGUGACUGCUUGGUACGGUCUAAGUAGAUAUGCACAGCUACCACCUGCAAUACUAGAUUGGUGGCUGCGAGUGGACUCAGUGACUGUCACUCAGCUGUCACUAGUUCACUGUCGAUGUACUUAGAAUGGCCAUGCCAAACCUGUGCGUUAACACGGUUCUGCCAACUUCUGCCAGUGU